AAGCGCAGGACGCAGGCGCGCAGUCAGAAAACACGAGACUCCGCUGAGAGACGCUGUUUGGGUCUGAGGUGUGGAUCUGAGGAAGGAUGGAGGCAUUGAAGGUGGAAAAGUUCACGACUGCCGACCGGGGAAACGGGCUGCGCGCUGUGGCCCCACUGCGCCCCGGGGAGCUGCUCUUCCGCUCCGACCCCUUGGCUUACACUGUGUCCAAGGGGAGUCGUGGCGUCGUCUGCGAUCGCUGCCUCCUGGGGAAGGAAAAGCUGAUGCGGUGUUCUCAAUGCCGAAUUGCCAAAUACUGCAGUGCCAAGUGUCAGAAAAAAGCCUGGCCGGACCACAAGCGAGAAUGCAGGUGUCUUAAAAGCUGCAAGCCCAGAUAUCCGCCCGACUCAGUCAGACUUAUGGGCAGGGUUAUUGUCAAACUGAUGGAUGAAAAACCCUCAGAGUCAGAGAAACUUUAUUCAUUCUAUGAUCUGGAGUCCAAUAUUAGCAAACUCACUGAAGAUAAGAAAGAGGGCCUGAGGCAGCUUGCGAUGACAUUUCAACAUUUCAUGAGAGAGGAAAUCCAGGAUGCUUCUCAGCUGCCACCUUCUUUUGACCUUUUUGAAGCCUUUGCAAAAGUGAUCUGCAACUCGUUCACCAUCUGCAACGCGGAGAUGCAGGAGGUCGGCGUGGGCCUGUACCCCAGUAUGUCUCUGCUGAAUCACAGCUGUGACCCCAACUGUUCCAUUGUGUUCAACGGACCCCACCUCUUACUGCGUGCAGUGCGAGAAAUUGAGGCAGGAGAGGAGCUCACCAUCUGCUACCUGGACAUGCUGAUGACCAGCGAGGAACGCCGGAAGCAGCUGAGAGACCAGUACUGCUUCGAGUGUGACUGUGUCCGAUGCCAAACGCAGGACAAGGAUGCUGAUAUGCUGACGGGUGACGAGCAGAUAUGGAAGGAGGUUCAAGAAUCGCUGAAAACAAUCGAAGAACUGAAGGCGCACUGGAAGUGGGAGCAGGUUCUGGCCCUGUGCCAGGCGAUCAUAAACAGCAACUCUGAACGGCUUCCCGACAUCAACAUCUACCAGCUGAAGGUGCUCGACUGCGCCAUGGAUGCCUGCAUCAACCUGGGGAUGCUGGAGGAGGCACUCUUCUAUGCCAUGCGUACCAUGGAGCCGUACCGGAUUUUUUUCCCUGGAAGCCAUCCCGUCAGAGGUGUGCAAGUGAUGAAAGUUGGCAAGCUACAGCUCCAUCAAGGCAUGUUUCCCCAAGCCAUGAAGAAUCUGAGGCUGGCCUUUGACAUUAUGAAAGUGACCCACGGCAGAGAACACAGCCUGAUUGAAGAUUUGAUUCUUCUCCUGGAAGAAUGUGAUGCCAACAUAAGAGCCUCCUAAGAUACCCAGGACAGGGAAGGUGGCGUGCCCUUCAUCGAACGCCUUACUGAGGCCACACAUCCUGUGAUGUCUGCUGUGUGGACCUCCUGUAGAAAUCGCCAAUGUGUUUAUGUGGUUAAAUGUGUCUCUGUGGCAUGUUGUGAGAAGUCUUAAUCGUGGUAGAGCAGAACCAUUAUAAUAAAUACAAAAGAUGAGUCCAAAAUGCCAUUGGCAACUUGGUCACGGGUAGUUUUGAUGGUUAAGAUGUCAGCAUUGGAAACCAGAACUUACCAAAAGAAUGGAAUUCCAGGCAGCUCUUGAGAGGCAGAGGCAGGUGGAUCUCUGUGAGUUCAGGGCUAGUUUGGUCUACACAGUGAAUUCUAAGACAGCCAUGGCCUUGCAGAGAGAUCCUGCCUCAGAAGCAGAAAAAAAAAAUAGGGUAGAAUAAGUCCAAGUUUCCUCUGUGUAUGGAUAUAGAAGUAAAUGGAUGAAAGUAAUCAUUUUCACAUAUACUUCUAAACACAAGUGUAUGCCAAGAAGAUUUUUCUUAUUGUUGUACUUUUAUUUUUUUGGCAUGUAUUAAGUAUACUCAUUAAUGUGAUUCACUGUGAUAUUUCUAUAUCUGAAUACACACAUACGGCUCACACCUAUCAUUGAGGAAAUCUGGCCUCUGUUUGUUUUUCUACCUCCAUGGUCCACCGUUUCUCACAGCCCCCCAAUCCUGACCUUUACACAUGAGGGGGAAAGCGCAGUACUUGUCGCUGCCCCUGGCUUAUUUCCCUUUGUAUAAUUUCCUCCAGUUCUGUCCAUUCUGCUGCAGCUAACAGAGCUUCUCUCUUCUUCAUGGCUGAGUAAUAUCCCAUUAUUUACAUGCGCUGUGUUCAUGUUGGUGAGCACCUAAAGUAAUUGCAACCUUGGCUGUUAUGAAUGGCUUUAUAGUAGACAUGGAAGGCAAGUAUGUUAGGGGUUGACAUAUGCCUUUGGCAUGGGAUGACUGGAUCCCAUGCUAGUGCUCCCCUCACUUCUUAGAUGAACCUCCAUACUGUCCUUUAGUGUUAGGUUCCCACCAACAAUGUAUGAGAGUUCCAGUUCUCCAUGUUCAUGUCAGCAUUUGUUAUAGGUUUUUUUUUUUUUUUUUUUUUUUUUUUUUAGUUGCUUUGCUGUUGGCGUUCAUUGCAUUUUAACUGGUGUAUGUGAUAUUUCAUCAUAGUUUCAAUUUCCCUGAUGGCCGAUGGUAUUGAUUGUGCCGCGUAUAUCUGUGACUGUUCGGGAACAGUUGUUCGUUUUGUAAUCAGAUUCUUGCCUUUUGAAUUCCUUAUGCAUUAUCAAUAUACUAUGUAGUAGGGAUAUGAAUCCUUCAUUGGGAGGAGAGUUGGCAGACAAUUCUCUAGCUUUAUAGAUUGUCUUUCUGUUGUUCUGUGUGCUGUAUAGAACUUCAGUGUAACUGUCUGUCUUCAGUUCUGAUCCCUUUGCUUCUGUAAUCACAUAAAGCCAUAGCCUUUUCCGGUAUCUGUGAUAUUCCACUGCCCUUACUGACAUGUCUCCAUGCAUGUUCCCAGUUCAGAUCCCGCAUUUGGUCUUUGAUCCAUCGUAAGCUGAGAUCCAUCCAUUGUGGAAAGGUUCAGUUUCUGUCUCUUGCAUGUGUGUGUCUGCUUCCCCCGUACACCUUGUGGAAGAGGCCAGCCCCACAGCCUGCAUGGUUUGGGCAUGUUCAUCAAAAAGGAGCUGGUUCUAGGUUUGUGAGCUUACUUUGGGGCCCUCUGUUCAGUCCCACAGGUCCCUUGAUCUGAGACCAUGCAGGUUCUGCUAGCAGGGCUCUGUAGUAUGUCUUGCACUGAGGUGCCAUUUGCCUCUGGCCUACAUUGUUUUUGCUCAAGAUUAUUUUGUCUGUUCUGAAUCUUUGGUGAAGAAGCAGAAUUUUGAAAUGUUGUCUUUACUCCUCUGCAACGAAUAACUACAUGUGUUAUCUCUUUCUGAAUACCUCUCCAACACAGGAAUCGUUAUCUCAAAUCCUAGGACUAGGCCAUUUCAGACAUUAUUAGAAAACAGUUAUAAGUCUCACAUAAAAAGAAAAAGAUACUGAAGUUAGUUCUUUGUAUAAAUCUUUGUCAUACUUUAUAAUUCUUUUUGUGUAUUAAAUUUUUCAUAACCUUUUUUCUUCUGUAAUUGUGUGAAGCUGUGCUUUGGUGUGCUGUUGGGUAGAGCAGAAAGCUCUAUUACCCUUUAAUAAACUGUCUUCUCAUCCUCAUUGA